AUGAACCAAGAAAAUAAAUCUAGGGUGGCUGAGUUUGUGUUGCUGGGGCUCUCCAGUUCCUGGGAGCUCCAGUAUUUCUUCUUCAUGUUGUUUAAUUUCUUGUAUAUCAUCAUUGUGCUGGGCAACCUCCUCAUUGUACUCACAGUGAUCUCUGAACCUGCCCUGCAUACACCUAUGUACAUAAUGCUCAGUAAUCUUUCCAUUCUUGAUGUCUUUCUGGCCACUUAUGCAACCCCCAAGAUGAUUCAUGAUUUCCUUCAUGAACCCAAGACCAUCUCCUUCGAGGGCUGCAUGGCCCAGAUAUUCUUACUCCAUGUCUUUGCUGGUGGUGAGAUGGUGCUCCUUGUAGCUAUGGCAUAUGACAGAUAUGUAGCCAUAUGCAAACCUCUCCAUUAUGCAACCAUCAUGAACUUGUGCAAAUGUACAGGUCUGGUAGUAGGCUCUUGGGUGAUUGGGGUCAUGCACUCAUUGAGCCAAUUAGCUUUCACUGUAAACCUGCCCUUCUGUGGUCCAAAUGUUGUGAACAGUUAUUACUGUGACCUUACUUUGGUCAUCAAACUUGCUUGUACGGAUACGUAUGUCCCUGAAGUGUUGAUGCUUUUGGAUAGUGGUCUCAUGGGGGUGGCUUCAUUCUUGCUCUUGCUAGUCUCCUACACAGUCAUCCUGGUCACUGUGCAACGUUGUUCCUCAACGGACAUGACCAAGGCCCGCAGCACUCUGACUGCCCACAUCAUUGUGGUUACCCUCUUUUUUGGGCCCUGUAUCUUCAUCUAUGCCUGGCCUUUCAGCAACUUCCCAGUGGAUAAAGUCCUUUCUGUGUUCUCUACAGUUUUCACACCUAUAUUGAACCCUAUUAUCUACACAUUGAGAAACAAAGAGGUGAAAUUGGCAAUGCAUAAACUGAAGACCCGCUAUGUAUGUUCUAGGCUGCCUUCUCAACUCUCUCUCCUAAGACUAGAUAUGUUGAGUUGA